UACAAAAUUUUUAAUCUAUUCCACCCCAACAACAAGAAACAACAAGAAACAAGAAAAAAAAAUACUAUCAAGAAAAUACUAUUCUAUGAAACCUAAUUCAAAAAAAACCUAAUUCCUAAUUCCCAAUUCCCAAUUCGAAUUACUAAUUCAACCUAUUCUUUGAAACAUAAUUCCAAAAUCGAAUUCCCAAUUCGAACUCCUAAUUCAACAAAUUCUAUGAAACCUAAUUCCUAACUUGAAUUCCUAAUUCAAUUCCCAAUUUCCUAAUUCAAACCCUGUAAUCUAUUAUGCUAAUUAAUGACAAUGAAAACCUAAUUCAAUUUUUGAGCAUGAAAAUGCAAAACAACAACACGUACCUUGUAGUUAUACGAGAUUGAUUGAUUUUGUUUGUGAAACCUUGAUGUGUUGAAGACGGUUCUUCAAUUUUCGUUCUUCAAUCCCCGUUCUCAAUUUCUGUUCUUCGAUUUUCACGAACGGACGAAACCAAAAGUAUGAGGAGAGAGAUUCAAUUUCCGUUCUUCAAUUCUCAAUUUCUGUUCUUCAAUUUUCACGAACCAAAGAAAAAUUGCGGGAGAGAGUAGAGAGUCUUUCACUUCAGAGAGAGAUUCCAGUUGCGGGAGAGAUUGAAAAAUAGAAUAAAGGGUAUUUUUGGUUUUUUACAGGGGUGUGUUAAAGUAAAUAAGAGUUAUUUACACUAUAGUAAACCUGGUCCAUGCUAUGGACCAGGGUAUUAUAGUCUUUGCGUUGUUGCGUGCGAGAAGUUGCGUGUAACUGCCACGUGCUUUCCUAAUUAUAUAUAUGUUUUUUUUUUAAUUUCCUUUUUCCCGGCUUUUGAACUUCUCACUCAACUUCUCUCUCUAAACUGCUUUCGAACUUCUCUCUGAAUUUCUCUCUCCAUUUCAAAUUUAAUUUAGUGAUUAUUUUCAUCCAUUUGCAUCAAAUUACUCUUCCGAUCUUCUUUUUUCUAAAAAAUGGUGAAGAAAGCGGCACCGAAGAAUCCGGCAGCGAAGAAACCGGCAACGAAGAAACUUGAAUUCGACAAUUCCGUUGCUGAAAUGGCUGUUGAAGCUCCUCGAAGGCGAGGAAGAAGGCCAAAUGCUGUUUCUGAAGAAAUUCCUGUUGCUAAGGAAUCUGUGUCUAUAAAGAAGAACAAAAAGGCUGGCAGUCCGAAAUCAAAAGCAAUUGAGCUUGUAUCUGAAAAAGAACCAAUUGAAGAAGAACAACAUAAUCAACUAGUUUUACAAAAUUCUUCUCUGGAUGACGUUCCACAGCCUGAAUCUCAUCAACUUCAUUCACAAGUUUUGAAAGAAGUUGGCGCUGAUGGCCUGCCUAUCGUGUUUAAUUUUGAUACACAAUGUUCAGGAGGAUCAUUGUGUAAAUUAAUUAAAGACUUCUCUCCUGAUCAAAAGGCAGCUGUUCAAGAGAUAGGGUUUGGAGGAUUGUUAGGCCUUCAAUUAAGUCGAAAAAACACUCAGAUGAUGUACUGGUGCAUCAAGUGCUUUGAUGGUGUGAGUUCUCUGUUUACAAUCAGUGAUUCCAAGCAAUUUGAAAUCACUGAUUAUGAUGUGUACGAUUUGUUUAUGCUCCCCCUUUCUGAGCUGGAGGUUGAAGGGGUUAAACGUGGGCGCAUUUCCACUAAUCAUGAUUUUGAUUUGAAGAUCAAGUGGAGAAAAGAGUUCGGUUUUGAAGAGGUCAAUGCUCAAAUUCCUAUAAGGUUGCUUGAGGACAAGAUUAAAUUGUUGACAGAUGGUGGUGAUCUGUUUAAACAAUUAUUUGUUUUUUUUGCUUUCUCUACAUUUUUUACUCCAACAGCCAAUAAGACUGUAGAUUUGAGAUUGGCUAAGGCUUUGGACGAUCCUAAAAUGAUUUCCAAAUACAAUUGGUGUAAAUACGUUCUUGACGUAUUAUGUGAGGAAACAGUGAAAUUUAAAAAUUGUUUAUUGAAAGGCAAAGAUCAAAAGACAUUUGGAGGCUGUGUUGUGUUUUUGCAACUUGUGUAUUUUCAGAGGAUUAAGUUUAGGAAUUCCAGUGGUAUUCCUGAUCAAUUACCUCUUAUUCAGCAUUGGACAUCGAAGAUGGUAACCGAUCGGAUUCAUGCUGAAAAUGCCAAUAUGAGUGCAUUAUAUGGUUCUGGUAUAUUGGAGAAGGAGAAGUAUCCAAUUUCCAAAAAGUUUGUUUUUGUUGAUGGUCAAAUAGAUUUGACCCAAAUCAAAUCUAUUUCGAAAGAAAAUGAAGCUGGCAGCAGUGGGGGAAGAGCUGAACAGCCCUAUGUUGGGCGUCGAAUUCCAAGUUGGCGUCCUAGGAUUCUUCAGUUUGAAAUCCCUAAUUCUCAUCCUACAGAUGAAGAAAUUUUCUCUAAAGCCACUGAUGAUUUUCAUGGUCAGUGGUUGUUGAUGAAGAGAGAUCUGGAUGUAGUUUCAGCCAUCCAUGCUGAAGAGUUGUUUAAAUUAAAGGCUUCAAUGCCUUCGCAGAACCAUGGCGAUGAUAUUUUGGAAAAUUCCACUUAUCAAAAGAUGGUUGAUGAGUUGGUGGAGAUUCAUCUGUUGGUGAAGAAUCUACCAAAUGGUUGGGAUGACAUUUUUGGUUCAAGUAACAAUCCAGUUGUUACUGCUGCCCCUCAACCUUCUGCCGUUGUUCCAACUGAGCCUGCAGUUGUUACAGCUGCUGUUGUUGAUGCAACAACAUCUACCGAAGCAAUUAUUCGAGAAGUUGAUCCUGACACUCAAAUAAAUGCAGUUCUUGAUUCUUUGCAAGCAAAGCUAAAGAAAUUACGGAGGAUGAUGAUGAAGAAAUAG